AUGCAGCGCCUCUCCGCCCCUCUCCGCCGCCGCCUCUCCACCGGCGCCGCCAGCGACCACACCCUCGCCUCCUCCGCGGAGCUCGCGUACCGCCUGCUCCGCCGCCACAGCUCCGACCCGCAGAAGCUCGCCUCCGCGCUGUCCGCGUCGGGGCUCGACGCCACCUCCCCGCGCCUCCUCGACGCCGUGCUCCGCCGCUGCGGCGCCGCGUCCUCCCUCGCGCUCGACUACUUCCACUGGUGCUCGCCGUCGCUGCCCUCCGCGCCGCUCCCCUCCUCGCUCGCGCUCCUCGCCAAGUACUUCUCGCGCGCGUCCGCCGCGCCCAGCCCCGCCCUCCUCGCGCCGCUGCCCUCCCACCUCCUCUCCUCCUCCAUCCUCUCGCCCGUGCUCCGCCGCCUCCCGCCGCCGCGCGCCCUGCCCUUCGCGCUCUCGCUCCUCGCCUCCCGCCCCGACCACGACCACCCCUCCCUCUUCCUCUCCCUCCUCGAGUCCCUCUCCAAGACCGGCCACGUCGCCGCCGCCGAGCGCCUCGUCGAGGAGCUCCACACCCGUCUCCCGCUCUCCAUCCGCCACUACACCGCCCUGCUCUACGGGUGGUGCCGCCAGGGCAAGCUCGACGAGGCCAAGCACGUGCUCGCCCGCAUGAAGACCGCGGACGUCGCCCCGGACGUCGUCGUCUUCAACACCCUCCUCGCGGGGUUCGUCGCCGACGGCAGGUUCGAGGACGCGUUCGAGCUGACAAAGGAGAUGGAUCGACAGGACUGCCCUCCCAAUGCCGUGUCCUACACCACCCUGAUGCAGGGGCUCGGGUCCAGGGGCAGGGUUGAUGAGGUAAUGAGGGUGUUUGUUGAAAUGCGCAGGAAGGGAUGCGCACCGGAUUCUGUCACGUACGGCACCCUGGUCAGCGCGUUCUGCAAGGCCGGCAGGGUAGCCCAGGGGUACGAGUUCCUGGAUGCAAUGUCGAGGGACGCGCUGCGGGUGGAUCCUGCCGUGUACCUUGGGUUCUUUGUGGCGCAUGAGAGGAAGGAGCAGCUGGAGGAGUGCCUGGAGCUGAUGGAGCGGAUGAGGGAGUGCAAGUGCCCCCCAGACCUCAGUAUCUACAAUGUGGUGAUCCGGUUGUCCUGUAAGCUCGGAGAGACGAAACAAGCCGUGGCGUUGUGGAACGAGAUGGAGAAUAGCGGGCUCAGUCCUGGGGUCGACUCGUUCGCAAUCAUGGUGAAUGGGCUUGUUGGGCAGGGGUCGCUGGUCGACGCGUGCAAUUACUUCAAAGACAUGGUUGGGAGGGGCCUAUUUGUCGCACCACAGUAUGGAAUGCUGAAGGACCUCCUCAAUGCGUUGGUCAGAGAUGAGAAACUUGAGCUUGCAAAGGAUGUUUGGGGUUGCAUUCUAAGCAAAGGCUGUGAACUAAAUGUGAGUGCAUGGACAAUCUGGAUCCAUGCGUUGUAUGCGAAGAAACAUGUCAAGGAGGCAUGCUUGUAUUGCUUGGACAUGCUUGAGGCAGGGCUGAUGCCACAGCCUGACACAUUUGCAAAGCUCAUGAAGGGACUGAAGAAGCUGUACAACAGACAGAUUGCUGCUGAAAUUACUGAGAAGGUGAGGUUGAUGGCGGAGGAGAGACAUGUCAGCUUUAAAAUGUAUAAGAGGCGUGGGGUGAGGGAUCUUGAAGAGAAGCCUAAGUCAAAGAAAAAGAGAGGGCAGAAGCGGAGUAACGGGAGGCGGACUGUUCAAGAUCAAUCUAAAGAACAUGCCGACCUUUCGGAUUCUGUUGACGAUGAAGAAUUCUCCAGCUGAAUUGACAUAGGAGCAAAAGAGGUAAUGUGCCACUGGAUCUUCACUUGAUUGAAUUGUUCUUGGGACCAGUUGGUUUAUGAAGCAACUGAUAAGGAAAUACUGGUCUUGCUGAAAAUGGAGCCGAUUUGCAGUAUUUGCUACUGGCACCUCAUCUGGAGGCAUGGGCGAAGUGACACUGUGUUCCAUAUCUGAAGUUCAUUUGCCAGCAUGUACUCAAGUAUUCAAACCUUUCAGGGCCCAAUGGACCUUUCAGUGCGAAAAAUAUAGCCAAUUUAUAAUACGACUGGCUGGAGCCUGGAAGUGAGUUCAGCUUUUCUGAUCUAGGCUUGUUUACCACCAGAAGAUUGACCCAAAACAAGCUUGAGCUGAGAUUGAAGAUGCUAGGGAUAAAUGCAACAGGUCGCAAUUACACAAGUAACAAACUCCUCCACCCCAUCAAUUAUGUCAUCGAGAGUUAGUUACUGGC